AAUAUGAUGAACAGACUGUUUGGGAUGCCUAAUAAGGGCAAUAAGGAGGCGACGUUAGAGCACGUAUCGCAAUCCCUAGAAGGAAGGAUAGCGGACUUGGACGCGAAGUUAGACAGAGUGCAAGGAGAAUUGGCAAAGUAUGCGGACCAGUUAAAAGCGUAUCAAACGCGCGGAGUGGAACCGCCAAAAGCGUUGAAGCAAAGAAUGAUGAACACAUUGAGGCAGAAGCGCAUGUAUGAGGCGCAACGAGAUCAAUUGGCGAAUCAGCAGUUUUCUUUGGAAAAGACAUCGUUUGCAAUUGAGUCGAUGAAAGAAUCUCUCAACCAAGUAGAGGCCUUAAAAACAGCUAAGGGAAGGAUCGAGACGUACUUGAAGCAGGCAGACUUAAACACAAUCGAGGCUCUUCAGGAUGAUUUGAAUGACCUACUCACGGAAACAGACGACAUUCAACACAUACUAGGAAACGAGUCGAUUGAGUACAUCGAUGAAGAUGACUUGCAACUCGAACUAGAUUCUAUUGAAAGCGGUACUUUUGUGUUUCAGCAACAGAACGAGCAAGACUCUAUCGAAAUCGGUGAUAUCGAACUGGGUCAGCCUCUACCGGUGGAGUCCGUCCAUAACGAGGUCGACCUCUCAUACACACCUCCGACCGCGAUGCCAUCUGUUUCUCCCGACGCUAUCCCUACAACAGUGCCACCCAGUGAUCGAAAAACUGUCGAACCAGUGUACAAAACCAAAACAUCCUAG